AUGAAAAAGGUUUUGUUAUUGUUUGAUGUGGACGGGACGCUUACGGCACCUAGGCGUUCAGUAACAGAUGAUGUUAAGCAGUUAAUUCGCCGUGCGAGAGAAGCAGGAUUUGCAGUUGCUACGGUAGGUGGUUCUGAUCUUUCCAAGCAAUUUGAACAACUUGGAGAUGAUGUUUUUCAGCAGUAUGAUUAUGUAUUCAGUGAAAAUGGUCUUUUGGGUUUUAAAAAUGGAGCGGAAAUACAUCGUCAAAGUCUUCUUAAUUUCCUUGGAAAUGAGAAGAUUAAAGAGUUUGUAAAGAAAGCACUUCACCUUAUUGCAGACCUAGAUAUUCCUGUGCAAAGAGGUACUUUUGUUGAGUUUCGUAACGGAAUGAUUAAUAUUUCUCCUAUUGGUCGAAAUUGUUCACAAUCUGAACGAGAUGAGUUUGAAGUAUACGACAAAGAGCACCAUGUUCGUGAGAAACUUAUUCAGGAACUCCAAAAGACUUUUCCUGAUUAUGGUUUAAAAUACUCUGUUGGUGGUCAGAUCAGUUUUGACGUUUUCCCAGAAGGAUGGGAUAAAACAUAUUGUCUUCGCUUCCUUGAAAAUGAUUUUGAUGAAAUUCAUUUUUUUGGUGAUCGAACGUAUGAAGGUGGUAAUGAUUAUGAAAUAUAUAACGACAAGAGGGUUAUUGGACAUUCUGUAAAAUCAUACAAUGAUACCAUUACUGAAGUUGAGAAGAUUAUUUCAUCUAAGUAG